AUGGCUCAGCAAGAGAUAUCCUCCAAAUUCCCCUUCACGAAGAAAAGGAUAUCCGUUCUGGACUCGUCAAUAGCGUACAUCGACACCGAAGCGUCCGCUCCAACUUCGCCCACCGUCGUCUUUCUCCACGGCAACCCAACAUCUUCAUAUAUCUGGCGGAACAUCAUUCCCCAUAUUUCACCCGUAGCAAGAUGUAUCGCUCCAGACCUGGUAGGAUUCGGCGACUCUGGUAAAAUGCCUUCCAACGCCUAUCACUUCCGAGACCACGUAGGCUACCUCAACGCCUUUAUGGAAGCAAUUCUUGGAAACGGUGAUGAGAAGAUCUUCCUCGUUAUACAGGACUGGGGCAGCGCGCUAGGGUUCCAUUGGGCACAUCAGCACUCUGACCGAGUCGCCGGAUUAGCGUUCAUGGAGUUCAUCACGGCGGGAAUGAAGCUCGACGAUUUCGGAGAGAAGGGCCAGAUAUUCCGCGACUUCCGCACGGAGGGCGUGGGCCAGAAACUCAUCAUCGAACAAAACGUCUUCAUCGAUGUCCUCCUUGCCAAAGGCGGCACCAUACGAGGUCUCACCGAGGAUGAAAUGGCGCACUAUCGGGCUCCCUUUCUUGAUCCCAAGAUGCGGGAGCCAAUAUGGCGUUUCCCGCAAGAGAUUCCGUUCGACGGGACGCCCGCGGACGUCGAUGAGAUUGUGGAGGCGUAUUUCGCGUGGUUGAAAGAGACGAGCGUGCCGAAGCUCAUGUUCUGGGCGACUCCAGGAGCUAUCAUUUCUGUGGAGAAGGCAAAGCAGCUGGCGAGCCAGUUGAAGAAUAUCAAGGCGGUGGAUAUCGGACCGGCGAAUCACUAUGUGCAGGAGGAAAACCCACAUCUGAUUGGAGAGGCGACGAGAGAGUUUGUUGAGGAAGUAUGGGGAGGGAAGUAG